CAGGCUUGGUUGGCUGGGCUUAUUAGGAGGGGUAGGUGACGCGUGCCCCUGAGGACCGGCUGAGCUGCUUGCUUGGGCCCGCUCAGGAUGAGGAUGCGCUGGGCGACCCCUCGCCGUGCGGCGAAGCUCCUUGUGCUGCUCCUCCCGUGCUUCGGGCUGGUGGAGCCCUCUGGCCGCGCAGGUAAUGAUUCAUUCACCAUCGUCAAUGGAAACACAGGCAAGUGCAUCAAGCCACUGAACAACUGGAUAGUAGCCGUGGACUGUGACCAAACCAAGGACAUGUUUUGGAAAUGGGUGUCCCAGCAUCGGCUCUUCCAUUUGCAGUCCCAGAAGUGCCUCGGCCUUGAUAUCACCAAAUCCACAGAUUCCUUGAGAAUGUUCAGCUGUGACUCGAACGUCAUGCUGUGGUGGAAGUGUGAGCACCAGUCUCUGUAUGGGGCUGCCCAGUUCAGGUUGGCUCUGAAGGAUGGACAUGCCAUAGCAAGCACAAAUUCAUCUGACGUCUGGAUGAAAGGAGGCUCGGGGGAAAACCUCUGUGACCAACCUUACCAUGAGAUCUAUACUAGAGGUGGGAACUCCUAUGGGAGACCUUGUGAAUUUCCAUUCUUAGUGAAUGGGACCUGGCAUCAUGAGUGCGUUCGUGGUGGAGAUCACAGUGGGCCAUGGUGUGCAACCACCUUAAAUUAUGAGUAUGAUCAAAAGUGGGGCAUCUGCUUACAACCAGAAAAUGGCUGUGAAGAUAAUUGGGAAAAAGACGAGCAGAUUGGAGGUUGCUACCAAUUUAAUACUCAGGCAGCUCUUUCUUGGAAAGAAGCUUAUGUUUCAUGUCAAAAUCAAGGAGCUGACUUACUGAGCAUCCACAGUGCUGCUGAGUUAACUUAUCUUAAAGAAAAAGAAGGCAUUGCCAGAAUUUUCUGGAUUGGUUUAAAUCAGCUGUAUUCUGCUAGAGGCUGGGAGUGGUCAGACCACAAGCCGUUAAACUUUCUCAGCUGGGAACCAGGUAUGCGGAGCACACCUACAAUCGGCGGAUCGAGCUGUGCAAGAAUGAAUGCUGACUCAGGUCUGUGGCAGGGCUUUUCCUGUGAGGCCCAGCUGCCCUACGUCUGCAAGAAAUCGCUAAAUCAUACAGCGCAGUUGACAGAUGUUUGGACAUACUCCGAUACCCGCUGUGAUGCAGCAGACUGGCUGCCAAAUGAUGGAUUUUGCUAUCUGCUGGUAAAUGAAAGUGAUUCCUGGGGGAAGGCACAUAUGAAAUGCAAAACUUUCAGCAGUGACCUCAUCAGCAUUCAUUCUUUAGCAGAUGUGGAGGUGGUUGUCACAAAACUCCAUAAUGGGGAUGCCAAAGAAGAAAUAUGGACAGGCCUCAGGAACAUAAAUACACCGACUCUAUUUCAGUGGUCAGAUGGUACUGAAGUUACUCUAACUUACUGGGAUGAGAAUGAGCCAGAUGUUCCCUACAAUAAGACUCCCAACUGCGUUUCCUAUUCAGGAAAGCUAGGUCAGUGGAAGGUCCAAUCAUGUGAAGAGAAACUUAAAUAUGUAUGUAAGAAAAAGGGACAAAAAUUGAAUGAUACAAGAUCUGAUAAGAUGUGUCCUCCAGAUGAGGACUGGAAAAGACAUGGAGAAACCUGUUACAAGAUUUACAAGGAUGAGGUCCCUUUUGGAACCAACUGCAAUCUGACUAUAACUAGCAGAUUUGAGCAAGAAUACCUGAAUGAUAUGAUUAAAAAGUAUACUAAGUCUCCAGGCAAAUACUUCUGGACUGGCCUGAGAGAUACAGAUGCAAGUGGAGAAUAUAGCUGGGCAAGUGUUGGUGGAGUAAAGCGGGCUGUUACCUUUUCCAACUGGAAUUAUCUUGAGCCAGCUUCUCCAGGAGGGUGUGUGGCCAUGGCUACUGGAAAGUCUCUUGGAAAGUGGGAGGUAAAAGACUGCAGAAGCUUCAGAGCACUUUCAAUUUGCAAAAAAAUAAGUGAGCCUCCUAAGCCUGAAAAAGCAGCCCCCAAGCCUGAAGACCCCUGUCCUGAAGGCUGGCAUAGUUUCCCCUCAGGUCUUUCUUGUUAUAAGCUAUUUCACGUAGAAAGAAUUGUAAGAAAGAGGAACUGGGAAGAAGCCGAGAGAUUCUGUCAAGCACUUGGAGGACACCUUCCUAGCUUCAGUCAUAUGAAUGAAAUAAAGGAAUUUCUUCACUUUUUAAUGGACCAGUUCAGUAACCAGCGUUGGCUGUGGAUAGGUUUGAAUAAAAGGAGCCCUGAUCUACAAGGAUCCUGGCAAUGGAGUGAUCAUACACCAGUGUCCACUAUUAUCAUGGCAAAUGAGUUUCAGCAGGACUAUGAUAUCAGAGACUGUGCUGCUGUCAAGGUGGUUCAUAGGGCAUGGCGAAGAAGCUGGUAUUUCUAUGAUGACAGAGAAUUUAUUUAUUUAAGGCCUUUUGCUUGUGAUACAAAACUUGAAUGGAUAUGCCAGAUUCCAAAAGGUCGUACUCCAAAAAUACCAGACUGGUACAAUCCAGAGCGUGCUGGAAUUCAUGGACCUCCAGUUGUCAUAGAAGGGAGUGAAUAUUGGUUUGUUGCUGAUCCCCACUUAAACUAUGAAGAAGCCGUCCUGUACUGUGCUAGCAAUCACAGCUCUCUGGCUACUUUAACAUCUUUUGCAGGACUAAAAGCCAUCAAAAACAAAAUAGCAAAUAUAUCUGGUGAUGAGCAGAAGUGGUGGAUGAGAACUGCUGAGCAGCCAAUAGAUCCUUUUAUAUACUCACGACAUCCAUGGCGUCAUUUUCCUAUAACACUUGGGGAGGAAUGCUUGUACAUGUCUGCCAAGUCUUGGUUUAGCGACUUAAAUAAACCAGCAGACUGUAGUAUCAAGUUGCCCUUCAUCUGUGAAAAAUAUAAUGUAUCUUCAUUAGAGAAAUAUAGCCCAGAUCCUGCAGCUAAAAUACAGUGCUCUGGGGAUUGGAUUACUUUUCAGAAUAAGUGUUUUCUAAAGGUCAAACCCAAGUCUGUCACCUUUUCUGAAGCCAGUGAUAUUUGUCACACCUAUGGUGGCACCCUUCCUUCAGUGUUGAGCCAGCGAGAACAAGAUUUUAUUACAUCCUUGUUUCCGGAUAUGGAAGCCACUUUUUGGAUUGGUUUGCGCUGGACUGCCUAUGAAAAGAUAAACAAAUGGAUGGAUAACAGAGAGCUGACAUACAGUAACUUUCACCCAUUAUUGAUUGGUCGAAGGCUAAGAAUACCAAUAAGUAUUUUUGAUGAAGAGUCAUCCUACCACUGUGCUGUCAUGCUCAACCUCCAAAGGUCACCUUUUACAGGGACAUGGAAUUUUACUUCCUGCAGUGAGCACCAUACUGUGUCUCUCUGUCAGAAAUAUUCAGAAAUUGAAGGCAGACAGACCUUGCAGAAUAGUUCAGAAACUAUAAAGUAUCAAAAUAAUUUGUACAAAAUCAUCCUGAAGACUCUGACUUGGUCCGAUGCUCUAAGGGAGUGUCAGAAGGAAAACAUGCACCUGGUGAGCAUCACGGACCCUUACCAGCAGGCGUUCCUGACCGUGCAGGCGGUACUUCGGAACUCUUCUUUAUGGAUUGGACUGUCCAGUCAUGACGAUGAACUCAACUUUGGUUGGUCAGAUGGGAAACAUCUUCAGUUUAAUCGCUGGGCUGAAAAUAAUGAGCAACUUGAAGACUGUGUAGUAUUGGACACUGAUGGAUUCUGGAAAACAUCUGAUUGUGAUGAUGAUCAGCCAGGCGCUAUUUGCUAUUAUUCAGGAAAUGAGACUGAAAAAGAGGUCAAACCAUUUGACAGUGUUCAGUGUCCAUCUCCUGUUCUUAAUACUCCCUGGAUACCAUUUCAGAACUCCUGCUACAAUUUCAUGAUAACAAAGAAUAGAUACAUAGUAACAGCACCAGAUGAAGUUCAUUCUAAAUGUCAGGCGCUGAAUCCAAAAUCACGGAUUCUGAGUAUUCGAGAUGAAAAAGAGAAUAACUUUGUUCUUGAGCAACUGCUGCACUACAAUUAUAUGGCUUCCUGGGUCAUGUUGGGUAUAAUUUAUGAAAAUAAUUCUCUUAUGUGGUCUGAUAAGACCAUGCUGUCAUAUACACACUGGAGAUCAGGAAGACCAGCUAUAAAAAAUGGAAAAUUUUUUGCUGGCUUGAAUACAGAUGGCUUCUGGGAUAUUCACACCUUUAAUGUUGUUGAAGACGUGCUUUACUUUCACCAGCACAGCAUUCUUGCUUGCAAAAUUGAAAUGGUUGACUACAAGGAAGAAUAUAAUACUACUCUGCCACAGUUUAUUCCAUAUGAAGAUGGCAUUUAUAAUGUUAUUCAAAAAAAGGUAACAUGGUAUGAAGCAUUAAAUACGUGUUCUCAAAGUGGAGGUCAGUUGGCAAGUGUUCAUGACCAAAAUGGCCAGCUUUUUCUGGAAGAUAUCGUAAAGCGUGACGGAUUUCCACUGUGGGUUGGACUCUCAAGUCAUGAUGGACGUGAAUCAAGCUUUGAAUGGUCUGAUGGCAGUACAUUUGACUAUAUCCCAUGGAAAGAUAAAAAAUCUGCUGGAAAUUGUGUUGUCUUGGAUCCAAAAGGAAUUUGGAAGCAUGAAAAAUGCAACUCGGUUAUGGAUGGGGCUAUUUGUUAUAAACCUACAAAAUCUAAAGAGGUGUCCUCUCGUACAUACUCGUCAAGAUGUCCAGCAGUAAAAGGGAGUGAGUCACAGUGGAUCCAGUACAGGGACCACUGUUACACAUCUGACCAGGCAUUGCACAGUUUCCUAGAAGCCAGGUGGUUUUGUCCAGAACUUGCUCAUUCUGCGACUCUCGUUACCAUAGAGGAUGAAGAUGAGAAUAAAUUUGUGAGCAGACUGAUAAGGGAAAAUAAUAAUAUUACCAUGAGAGUUUGGCUUGGAUUAUUUCAACUUUCUGCUGAUCAAUCUUGGAAUUGGUUAGAUGGAUCAAAAGUGACAUUUGCCAAAUGGGCAAAUAAAAUGAAGAGUGGUGGUGGACAAUGUAGCAUUUUGUUAGCUUCAAAUGAGACUUGGAUAAAAGUUGAAUGUUCACGUGGCUAUGGAAGAGUUGUCUGCAAAGUUCCCUUGGACUGCCCUUCUUCCACCUGGGUUCAGUUCCAAGACAGUUGUUAUAUUUUUCUUCAAGAAGCCAUCAAAGCAGAAAGCAUAGAGGAUGUCAGAAAUCAGUGUACUGACCAUGGAGCAGACAUGAUAAGCAUACAUAAUGAAGAAGAAAAUGCUUUUAUACUGGAUAUUUUGAAAAAGCAAUGGAAAGGUCCAGAUGAGAUCCUAUUAGGCAUGUUUUUUGACACAGAUGAUGCCAGUUUCAAGUGGUUUGAUAAAUCAAAUAUGACAUUUAAUAAGUGGUCAAACCAAGAAGAUGGCGAGGAUCUAGUUGACACCUGUGCGUUUUUGCACACCAAGACAGGUGAAUGGAAAAAAGGAAACUGUGAAGUUUCUUCUGUGGAGGGAACCCUUUGUAAAGCAGCUAUCCCAUAUGAAAAGAAAUAUUUAUCAGAUAACCACAUUUUAGUAUCAGCUUUGGUGAUUGCUAGCACAGUAAUUUUGACAGUCUUGGGAGCAAUCAUUUGGUUCCUGUACAGAAGAAAUCUGGAUUCUGGUUUCACCACAGUCUUUUCAACUGCACCCCAGUCACCUUAUGAUGACGACUGUGUUUUGGUAGUUGCAGAGGAAAACGAAUAUGCUGUUCAAUUUGACUAAAAUUUUGGAAAUCUCAUAUUAAGACAUCUAAUACCUUGAACUGUGAUUCCUGUGCAAGAUUUAAUAUAAAACCUGGCAAUGAAAAUUAGUUUUUAUAUUACCCUAUUCUAGUAACAUUCAUUGAUUGUCAUGUAAUCACUGAUUGUGACAAAAUUUUUAGGAUCAUUAUAAGAACAAAGUUUUGAAGAAAGGAAAAAUAUUAGAUAUAAUUUAGUGGUUUUAACCACCUCCCCAAAUACACCUUUCAUUUGAAUGAAGGAAAGCUUAAAGCCCAAGUAGUAAAGCAGGUAAAAAUAAAAACCCAGUCUGCGUGUCUUGUGCCUCCUCUAUCUUCCUUCCCACUUAGUUGAAUGACCUUAGUUUAUAGCUGGAUUAAAAAUAAAAUAAAAAAUAUGAAAAAAAGAUUCUACUUACCACUAUAAUUUUAGCAACCACUGCUAGGUCUUUAGCAAUUUCUAUGACCGUUUAUCAAUAAGAUAUGAAGAAAAAACCUGAUCUUAAAAUAGAUCCUCUACAUUUAGAUAAUACUUAUGACAGUUACUCUGAUAAAUCCAAUACUACUUCUGUCUUCCUUCAUGAUUCAUAUGUAGAAACUGUACAGAUUUUAACAUCCCAUAUGCCACAUAACUAUACAGUUUCAGUACUUUCAGAACACUGUUUUGGACCACAAAUAGUAUUUAGCACUGAUCACAACUAGUCAGAAUUUCAGUAAAGUUUAAUAAAUUUUCUGAAACAAAAAAAAUUACAGCCAUACCAGGAAGGUGUGGAGGAAGUUGACAAUGUUGGUGUAACUGUUGGAUCAUAGUGCCCGUGCCCUUCAAGGAUUUUUCUCCUGCCACUUUACCUGCUCCUAUAUAAGACGUCUCAUGCUCCUCAAACCUCAAUGAACUUUAUCAGUGAUAUGAAAACUGUAAGCAAAAGCUGCAAAGAAAAGCUACAUACUACUGUAGUGAUGAUGCUCAGUUUUCAGUAGAUGUACAUUUUCAGGCAAUGGUGAAAAUUGUUUUAGGGGUAAAAAAUGAAAAUGAAAAAAAAUUUAAAAUGGAAAAAAUCCUUAUCCUGAGAGGAUUUCUUUAGCAACUUGUACAACUUAAAAACAGUAUUAGAAAAGAUAAGACUUCACAUGAAAUUGUAUUUACGAUACUUGGAAACUUGAAAACUCAAAGAAAGUAAUCCCUCUACUGUAAAUCAUACCCCACUACGUCAUCUUAUGGGAAUAGUUUUCUUAUGGAGAGAGCGAGCCAUCUUUCAAGCUUGACCAAUGGCAACAAAGUCCUAGCUUGCGCCAUCUCUAUUGGUCACUAUGAAUCAGAAAUAUCCCUCAUCACAAUUAGUGGCAGUUUUGUUAAUGAGACAUGACAUGAAUAACAAAGUGAUGACUGUGGUUAUGUGACAGUAAAAGAACAAAUUUUAUACUGGGUGUCAUCACAUAAAUACACUCUGAAAAGCUUUAAGAUUUUGUGUAUUGACUGAGAUGUCUACUACUGAUUGGCUGUUAGUAGUGCUACCAGUCGUGAACAUUAGACCAGAAUUCCUUCCUGCUUUCCCAAGUUCUACCAAUCCUCUUAAGAACUAAGACUGACUUGUUCCUUAAAACUUUCUCUAGUUGUCACAGAUCUCUACAAUAUCCAAUACAGUAGCCACUAGCCACAUGUGGCUAUUUAAAUAAAUUGAAGUUCAGUUCCUCAACUGAAGCCAUUAUUUCAAAUGCUCAAAUCACAUGCAGUUAGUAGCUACUAUUUUGGACAAUACAAAUUAUAUACUAUUUCUAUUACAAUAGGAGGUUUUAUUGGACAGUGCUGUUCUAGAGUCUCCACUUCCAUACAACUGUUUUCUUCAGUUCAUUUCCAUCACUUCUACAUAAUGGUAGUAGCUCUCCCAAAAUGGCUGUUUUAAACCGAUUUGAUUUUCCAUGUUUGAUUUCAUUUUCAAACAAGUCCUUAAAGGCCCCUGGGAACACAGUACUAAAUCUUAAUUUUCUUUAUGUAUGUGAACACUUGGAAUAGGCUUUUAUCUAUUUGGUGGUCAACAGAUAACUGGCUCAUUCAAGUCUGUAUUUAGUUUUAAUAUUAACAAUAACACAAGCAUGUCUGUUUACAUUCAGAAUGUAUAAACUUCUUUUCUUCAAACAUCUUGACAGCGUAUGUUUGGCAGCUAUUACUACUAUCAUUGCUUUUAGCUACCAUUACUUUUAACUACAUUUUUCUCAGGAUUUUGCAUCCUUAAAAUUCUUAGGAAUUUGAGUAAGUGUAUGGUCUCUUGUUUAGAAUUUAAAAGCGAUAACCAAUGAAAGAUACUUCUUACUCCCUCUAAUCCACAUUUACAGGGUAUGAGAAGCUAACAGAAUACUGAAAUACUAAGUGGUACUAAGGAAUUACAAGAAUUCUAUAAAGCUCAAGCCAUUGUGUACCUGUCAUUUAAUUAAUAUAACAAACCUAUAAAUAAACUGCACACCAAUGGAA